AUGGACAGAAUCCGACAGCAAAAGAUUCAAAAGUUUGAAGAAUUUGUAGAUGGCAGAUUAAAGCCUGAUCUAGUCCUUGCCAUUGCCCAAAGGUUGUCCCCCUCUCUCUCUGUUUUAAUUUUUCUUUGCUUUCGAUCUCAUUAUCUGUCAGCUGGCUUCUAUCGAAAAGAGGAGAUGUAAUAGAGCACGCUUAUUUUUAGAUCAUGCACCUUCUCCUUAGCAUUUUAGCUUUCACACUGGGUUUUGCAUGGAGGAAUUACCCCCCCCCCCCCCUAUUGUCGUCUCCAGCUUAAAUCCUCGUUUUUUUUAAGGAAUUAUUUUCUUCUAUUCACACAAUGCUAAUAAGAGGGUUUAUCUCUUCUGAUGAAAUUAUGCAGGGACAAGCUGUUUCGAGAACAGAGAGUUUUGUAUCCUUUUGAGGUCUGCUUUGUUAUGCAAACCUGGUGUUGUACAUUGCCAUGUAUGUGUUUCCCUAAACAUAUUUUGCGUUUGUGCAAAUUUUCUCAGUUUUUUCUGCUGAUCAUCUUCUAGAUAUUGAUAUAUAUAUAUAUAUAUACCUAUGUUGAUAUCUGAGUGCUCGUGGCUGUUAGUUCUUAACUCAUCUGCACACCUUUCAGCUCUGAUCUGAAGAAGAAUAUCGAAAAUCUACAGAAAAAUGGAGUUACUUCACUUCGAACAAUGGUCAACAUUGGCUCUGAGGUUUACCUGCAAGCAGAUGUGUAUGCCCAUAAACUCUUCUGUCUUUUUCUACGCUGAUAUUGUUAUUUAAAUUUAGAAUUCAGACAGUCUCUUGUUUCUCCUUGUAAUGAAAGCAAUUCGAACUCUAGCUCAACGCUGUCCCCACCUUUGCAUGAUUGCUGGAACAUAGAAAUUAAUCCUUAGAUGAAUGUAAAUCUCUCGAAAUAUUGACUCUUACACAUUCCAACUUCAAGCACAUAGACAUAAUUCUGGAUAUUUUGCUCAAUUUGAGUCUAGAAUAUUUUGUAAAGGGAGUCAUUAUGGUGUUUCAUUCUGUUUUUUUCCUCUCCACAGGCCAGACACUCGUCACAUAUUCGUAGAUGUCGGGCUUGGUUUCCAUGUUGAGUUUACCUGGUCUGAAGCUCUGGAGUUCAUAUCAGUCAAGGAAGCAAGAAUAGCCAGGCAUGCCCUCUCCAUUGUGAGGUCCCAUAUUUUCAUUUAUACCUGACACCAUAUGAUAUCAUUGUUUUGUCGGCCAUUCAUCUCACAUGCAAGUACUUUAUAGAUUUAUAUAUUAGUGUUGUAUAAUGCAGCCCAAUUAUUUUUUGGGUCCUGGGGUCAGCCCAGCCAGUCAACAUAAUGAUUUAAUCACUCUUAAAUCGUAUAUUUCUGGCCAUUAAUCACUUGAUUGCCAUGUUGGAUUUGCAUUUUUUUCACUACUUGAUAGGCAAAUCGAAGAGUGUACCCAGUUGAUCGCGAAUAUCAAAGCUCGUAUUAAAUUGGUAAGCAUGUUUCUGCACUUUGUGGGUCUUGGUUUUGCUCUUUGUAGGUUUGCCCAAUUAAGCAUACUAAUUCCUUCAAGCUCUUUCUCAUAGACCGUUUCUGCUUCUUUAAUGCACCAUAAUCUUCAAAGCUUAUGCUCUUUCAUUACAACCAUCCCCACAUAAUAUACCACAAUUAAAUCACUUCUCUCUUGUUCUUCAACACUUGUUGAACUUCUGGAUGAAUGAUGGAAUAGUUCUUUAUGAUUAUUGUUUUAAGAGAAAAACAAAUGCACUUGCGGGGGUACCUUCAUAUGAUUUCUUAGUCCUCUGUGGGUCCCAACUCACCACAUGGGUUCCUGCUCGAGCCUAGGAGAAACAAAUCAGACUUUAUUGUUGAUCAAUCUUAUUUUUAUUUAAUUUAUUAAUGUUUUGGUUUUGUAUGAUCUCAAAUUAUCUUACAGUUCAAUCCUCCAAUGGAAUUCGCAUACUCUACUAAAAAUGGCAUUCCCUUGCAGGUCUGUGAAGGCAUACGGGAGCUGCUCUUGUUGCCUGGGUAG